ACAUGGAGAGCAGGGAAGUGCAGACGAAACAUUCUAAGAAAAGCACACUUCAGAGCAAAUUCAUAGAUGUUAUUCUGCCUGUCACUGGUUGUGUUAGCUAUGAAUGCUUUGCAGUAAAUAUAAUGAAUCCAAAAAGAUUCCAGGAGUUCUUUGGAGACAAAACUUUUGUUACUGCAGAUAUUCUUUGGUUUAAUGCUCAUAUUGGCUUUGGUGUUUACUUGUACAGACAGAGGUUUCUUCAGAAAGCAAGUACACAUUGGAAGAUAACAUAUAGUGUAUUUGUAUCAGCAUUAUUUAACUUUGGAUCUGUCCUUCUUUGGGGUUCAUCUAAAAAAUUAUUGCCCACACUGCCUGAAAGGAUUAAGGUUAUAUUUGGACUUGGUUCUGGGCUGUUACUUAUGUAUAUAGGCUGGCAUUUUUCAGAUUUUUUGAAUAAGCAAAUGCUGCAGCAGAGGGAACAUUAGAUAACAAAUUUACCUCGUACAGAAAACUAAAAAUAUGUUUAAGUUAUGUUCAAAGUAUUUUUUAUAGUGUGUUGUUACAAAAGUGAUUAAGAUAAGAAAGAGAACAAAUAGCAAAAUUUUCUGAUGGUGAAUUUUUCUUUUCCACCUAGAGAAGGCAGAAGGCCUAUUUGUAUAACAUAAACUUCUAGUCAUAUAUUAAUGUUUACAGUAUGUAUUUUUAUAUUGCUAUUAAAAUGACAGAUUUUAA